AGCAGGACGAUAAGGAGGCACUCUCUGUUUUAGUGUUUGUGACGUCACAGAGCGCCGAAUCAAUAGCAACGCCCGCUCGUGGUUUCCCUCUGGCGGUCCUCGGCCACGGAACAAGUGAGACAAUCCAAGUGCCUUCAGUGCGGGGAGGCCGCCGCGACGCUAGGGAGUGCAUAAGGGUAGCGCUCCAAAAAUUCAACAUUCAAACGGUCAAAAAAUAUACGCCAAUGUUAUUUUUAAAUUACAUUCAAUGAAAUUACUUGACCCCUAAGACAUUUACUGAGUGAAAUUACAUGAGAAUUAGCUGACUUGCCAAUUUUUAAGCUCGUGUUUCAAGAAAAAUAUUGUGAAUAGCCAAAUCCAAAGAUAUGAUCUUUGUAAAAAAUUCCAAUGAUUUUACAGGAAGCCAAUCAUCUCAUGGAAGUGCGUCAUAUUGCACAAAUCCAUAUGUUUUGCUAAUAAAAAAGAAGAUACGAUCUGAUCGACUUGAUAAAACCCAUUAAAAGUAGCUGUACAGUGAAAAGUAGGAGCAGCGAGUUGGGCGGAAAUCGAUGGCCAUCAGAGCCCAUGGGCGGCCUCGCGUUUAGAACAAGGAAUAGCCCCUCCCAGAAGACCUCGCUCAGGUGGGGCGAUUGCUGCCCAUCUAAUCCACCGUUAUCAUCGGCCGUCCUGAAGGACCGUCACCAGGAUAUGCCGCCAGUAGUGGUGUGAGGUUGUCCCCCCCUGUUGCGUGACUGUACCCCGCGGGGUCUACAGAGGUUUACAAACGUCCAAAAAUCGGAUCGCUUACCGAAUUUCUCCGAUCUUCAUAUACGGCAGCUUGAACUAACACCAGUAGACCUGUCCUCACCGAAGAUGAUCAACGUAGCUGGUGUUAUAUCAAUUGGACUUUUUUAUGUUCUCAUAUUGGGUGUGGGAAUAUGGGCAGCGAGGAAAAAGGAAGCUGGCAAUGAUUCCGAGGAGGAGGUUAUGCUGGCUGGUCGUUCCAUCGGCCUUUUUGUCGGUAUAUUCACUAUGACAGCAACGUGGGUUGGCGGUGGCUAUAUCAAUGGUACUGCCGAGGUUAUUUACACCAAGGGGCUUAUAUGGUGUCAAGCGCCAUUUGGUUAUGCCCUCAGCCUCGUCUUCGGUGGUAUAUUCUUUGCCAAUAAGAUGCGACAGCAGGGGUACAUCACGAUGUUGGAUCCUCUACAGGAUGCUUUUGGAGAACGUAUGGGUGGAUUAUUAUUUCUACCGGCAUUAUGUGGUGAGGUUUUCUGGGCAGCUGGUAUUCUUGCUGCCCUUGGUGCAACAAUAGCUGUUAUCAUCGAUAUGGAUCACGGUCAUUCAAUUAUAUUUAGCGCCUGUAUCGCUGUCUUCUAUACGCUCUUUGGUGGCCUCUACUCCGUAGCUUACACCGAUGUCAUCCAGCUCUUUUGCAUCUUCGUAGGACUUUGGAUGUGUAUUCCCUUUGCUUGGAUGAAUCCAUUAGUCCAGCCAUUGAGCUCACUCGAAGUAGACUGGAUUGGUCAUGUUGAAUCCAGCGAAUUGUGGUACUACCUUGACUACGGACUUCUUCUUAUUUUCGGUGGGAUACCAUGGCAGGUGUAUUUUCAGCGUGUUCUUUCAUCAAAGACAGCUGGACGAGCACAAUUGCUUAGUUAUGUUGCAGCAGUUGGAUGUAUCCUCAUGGCAAUACCUCCAGUCCUCAUCGGCGCUAUCGCCAAGGGAACCGCUUGGAAUAGGACAAAUUAUCGGGGCCCAUGGCCGCUCGAGGAAGACCAAACUAGUAUGAUCCUGCCAAUGGUGUUGCAGUACUUGACACCCGAUUUUGUCUCAUUUUUUGGUCUUGGUGCUGUAUCAGCGGCUGUUAUGUCCUCCGCUGACAGUAGUAUUCUGUCGGCCAGUUCCAUGUUCGCGAGAAAUGUUUAUAAGCUUAUAUUCAGACAGCGGGCCUCAGAGAUGGAGAUUAUUUGGGUGAUGCGGGUGGGUAUAGGCGUGGUGGGUAUCCUGAGUACAGCGAUGGCCUUGACGAUACCAUCAAUCUAUGGGCUUUGGUCAAUGUGCUCAGAUCUCGUUUACGUCAUCCUUUUUCCACAACUACUGAUGGUCGUACACUUCAAAGAUUAUUGCAAUACUUAUGGCAGUUUAGCGGCAUACUUGACAGCAAUGAUUGUUAGAUUAAGUGGUGGUGAAAGUGUAAUAGGUCUUCCCGCAUUAAUAUACUUUCCGGGUUAUGAUGAAGCGACAAAAACUCAAAUGUUUCCAUUUAGAACGAUGGCCAUGUUGACAUCACUGGUAACACUUAUCGGAGUGUCUCAUGUGACUCACGUGGCCUUUAUGACCGGUCGAUGGGCGCCAGGCUAUGAUAUUUUCAGGUGUGUUGUCAAUAUACCUGAAGAUGUUGAGCGCGUUGGGCCAGAUCCGGCUGAAGGGGAACAGAUGGCCGUUCUUGCUGCUGGAGCUGGGAGGCUCUAUGGUAGCAAGGACGAGUCUAACGGACGAGUUAAUCCAGCACUCGAGCCGGACUAUGACAUGGAACCAAGUUGCGAUGGUAUGCAAGGUGUGACUGCUAGUGCAGGAUUAAUUGCUGGUGGUGGAGGUGGCAUGGGUAGUCAUCAUCCUGGUCCAGUUGGCAGUGGUUCUGCGCGACAGUCACAUAAUAGCACUGCCUUUUAAUGUACACUUGGUUUCGUGAUCACAAGCUGUGACCAACAAUAAGUGCGGUAGCGCGGUUGUUAUGUUAUAUAUUCUACAAUUAUAUGAUCCUUUAUUUUCAUUUUUUAUUUUUGUACCUCUUUCUCACAUUCAUAAUGCAUAUUGUUUUCGACAAUUCCGUUCUGUUAUUGACCAACAUUACUAUAGACUUCUUAAUGUAGCGGAUUUUUUUUAAAAUUUUUUUCAACGAUAUUUUCCAAUUGUCGUUGAGAGAUUCCACGGGGAGUCAUGAUUGAGUGGCUCAAGCUUCGAAAAUUAAGGCUUCUUAUUUUCUGAGCCGUACAAUAAUAGCUCUCUCCGCUCAUUAUGGAAAUUACUUGUGAUCAUUGAAUCACCAAUUUCACAGUAUUGUUCAUCUUCGGAAUUCAUGGUGACACUCUCAUUCAGUCACAGCAAAAGCUAGAAUACACCGCGCUACCAAUUAGGCCUAGUGAUUUCCUUGUUUUAUUUUUUGAGAUAUAUAUUGUACACAUACACCCAACAACCAAUAUUGUACAUACUUAGGGUGUACCACUCAAGCUUGAGAAGAAUUAAUUAUAUAUGGAAUCCGAUGGUUAUCGAUUCAUUCUAUCAUCAACUAUUCUCCAGUAGGCUUUAUUCAAUGUGAAAGUCAAUGCGAAAGUCUACGUCAUUAUUAAUUUCCCGAUGAAUUGAGCGCUCAGUAUUAUCAAGUACGGUAAAGGGUUGAUCAGUUGAAUUAGUUUAGCCCAGUGCAAAUAUAUAGAAUGAUAUAUUAUAUAGUGUUGUUAAAAAAACGUGCGAGUUUUAGUUAGGUUGUACUAUGGAAAGCUUUUGUACUGGUAAAUUGCAAAAUGUUCUUCCCUCUAAAAGAGUAUUCCUGAGACCCAGCUUCGCAGUUCCCUUAUGGUUCUGAUGUGCGUUUUUCGGCAAAGUCUUUAAAUCCAUAGUAAUAAUAAUUAAUUAAAAUUAGCGAUUUUUCAUCGUGAAAUUGAUAUGGCAAAUAGUGAUUAGCAGUGCCAUCUGAUGGAUGAAUCGAUUGACCUGACGAUCAGUUGUAUUUAUGAUAUAGUAUAUGAAAAAAUAUUGGAGUUAUAAAUAAAUAAAUAUUCAUUAUUUAUGAUUAUAGAGUAUAUCGUGAGAAUAUGUGAUUUCAGCAAUGAGCGAUAAUAAUAAAUAUGACAAUUAUGUGCAGUUAAAAAAAAAUAUCAGCUGACUGACUGGCUUCAGUUUAGCCACGUAUACGUGUACCUUAAUGUGCAUAAAUGCAUUACUGUUAACAUAUCUAUGAAAAAGACUACCUGACAUACGUGCAUAUAGGACAGGCUAUUGGUAUUUAUUAAUAAUCAAUUGUAAUUUCUGAUUAAGAUAAUGUCAUCGUUGUUAUCUUCAUCCUUAUUGUUACUUUGAGUUCGAUCAUUGUGACACUGUGACAAAAGAAUAGUAUAAUACUAUUACGAAAUAUAUUUUUCUUAAUUUUUUAGUAUUUCCAGAAACUUAUAAAUCAUCAAUUAUCUUAUUCGCUUUAAUAUAAUUGAUCAUUUAUAGUGCCGUUGAAAACUGUUGACAGUUUAUCUACGUAAAGACGAUUAUAGUUUUCAUUUGAUUUUCAAUAACUCUAUGACGAUUUUGUUUUGUUUUUUUUUUCUACGUCAAAGAGAUUUGUUCGAAUUGAUUGUUGAAUAUAUAUUCGGAAUUUAGAUCUAAGGAAAGGCGUAAUAAUUGAUUUUUUGAUAAUUGAAAGAAGCAAUAUAAGUAUGGAAGGCGUUACCAAGUAUCUAUUACAAGGGUAACAGCUAGAGCCGAAAGUAUUAAUAUAUCGCGCGCUCAUUAUGAAUGUAGAGAAGUUUCAACUGGAGACAAAGUGAAACUACUGUGAGAGAAUCAUAGGGGGAGAAGAGAUCUGCUCUCCAUAUGUUUUUAUAUGUUGUUCGCAGCCGUAAUUAUUCUAUGCACUACUUUCACCAUUGAUUAUGGAUCUCGAUCAGUGUAUAUUAUCCAUUAUACUUGGAAAUUUCAGAAUCAUUGUUUUUAGUUCAAUUAACUCUCAUUAUGUUAACAAUUAUUUCAACACACAUGGCCUGAACAGAGAUUUCGCAUUGUCUUCGGGAAGUCACUUCAUGAGAUUAAUUGUUUUUAAUCAAACGAUUUGAAAAUAAUAAUCGCGAUCAUUCGUCCUUUUAAUGGUUACGACGUGAAUCGUGAAUCGUGAAUCGUGUUUUAACGCGCGACAAUAGAGAAAAAGGUGGUGAUAAAGGGGAGAGAUUAUAAUGAAACUAUCAUAGUGCAUACAUAGUGUACUACUUGGGAGGGGAAUAGAGAUCUAUACAUAUCAAAUAUCACAAAAUUGUGAUUAAAAAGUAAUAAAACAUAUCGCGAGUGUGCUGCAGUCAAUAUUCCGGAUAAAUAUUUAAUGUAAUAUUAAAAGAGCAAUGCAAUGCCAGGGUGGGAUAUUGUUUCAUUAUUUCACUUAACCUCCCACCCUAUUUAGCAACGAGUCUAGGGGCUGCCUCCGCCGAAUAACGACAAUUAAAAAAUGAAAAUGUAUUUGAGUAAUAGCAAUGAAAGUGGAAUAUACUUUUUAAUACCCAUUGGGUGGUGGUAACGAGCUCCGACAACAAUUACCCACAAAUCAUUGAGUUUGAAAUAGAUAUGAAAAUAUAAAAAUACAAAUGAAUAGAUUAAGGGCUGAUCGAGGAGCUCGCAAUAAAGUCAUAUACUCUAAAUGUUACAAUUGAAAUACUGUAAUAUAAACAUCUAUAAGACAAAACCUAAAGUACGAUAUAUGUGUAUAUUAAUAUGUAUAAUUGAACGAGAGGAAAAUAUGUUGAUUGUCAAUGUUACGAAUAAAGGGUGUAUAAAAACACAGAUCUGACUUAUCA